AUGCAGAAAGGCAACGUAGAUGAUCGUCUCAGCAACUUGCCCAAUGACAUUCUGGUCAACAUUCUUGACCGGCUCAAUGUCCGCGACGCCGCAAGGACCAGUGUCCUAUCCAGACGGUGGAUCCGGCUUCCUGCCACGAUGUCGCAGCUUACAAUAACCGCUCAGGACUUUUGCCGCCCAAGAACUAGCAUGUCUGAUGAUGAGUUGCGUCGGAUCAAUGCAGCCGUGGCUGAAGCGACAAAUAGCAUACUGGCACGCCGGGAUCCUGGUGGAUGCACCAUCCGCCUCUUGAGGACGACAUUCUACUUGAGAGAUGAUGCCCCGAUAUCCAUUGGGCGUUCCGUUGGCAAUGCCAUGGCUACACAUGAGAUUGAGAAAGCCGAAUUCACAGUUUUAACAGAGAAGCUAAGCGUAGAGUUCCCUCUUGAUGAUAUGCUGAACUAUGGGAGACAGUUUGUGUCAUUUUUUAACGAGUGUCCCAAUGCAUUUGCUGGUCUGACACGCCUCCACCUGGAGAAUUUGAGAUUUUCUGAAUCUGACUUCGUAUCGAACAUCCUCGACACUUGCAAGCAGUUAAAAUGUUUAAGUUUUGUCAGUUGCGACACAGAGGAUUGGAUAACGCUCCAAGUUGAACAUGAACAACUCAGUGAGCUCAGUAUCUUCGAUUGCCAAUUUGACGAGGUUGAACUCAAGUGGCUUCCAAAACUCACUCGAGCAAACUUUGAGUAUUGGAUAAAUUUCGCUGAACCACCACUGUCAUUUGGUCAUGUCCCAUUGCUCGAGGUUGUGAGUCUUUCAAAUAUUGCUGUUAGUUCGCACAAAAUGGUCAAGUUAAGUACGUUACUCUUUGAGACCUCUGUACGAGACCUGAGAUUGGGGUUUAGAUGCGAAAAGAUUUGGGUUCAACCAGAGUGUUGGACCAGACAGCUGGCAUAUGUGUUCCACCAAUUAAGGAUUGUCAAUCUAGUCGACAUUCCUGAAGGCUAUGAUCUCACCUGGACAAUGUUCAUUCUGGAAGGUGCGCCAGCCCUGGAGGAGCUCUACAUGACGGUAAUGGAUCAUCAUUGUGAAAUGCAGAUGGAUAAGGAGAAGAGGAGGGAAGGCUUGUACAGCGAGAAGAAGGGUGUAGAGUGGAGAUCAACUACAUCAAAUUUCAAGCACCACAGUCUUACCAACCUCAUCAUGUUCUGCUUUCAGUCUGAUGACCACAUGGUGCGCCAUGUCAGGCGUGUCUUGGAAGCAGCGGUGAACCUGAAGGAUGUGUACCUCUAUGAUAGAGUGCCAUGUAGAAAGUGCGUAGACGUGAAGUCGAAAAGGUUUCCGCGGACAAAGAAGCAUAGGUGUUUGUUAAAGAAUCGAAUGACGCUGUGCAUCAUGUCACUUGCCGUUAUUCACUUCCUGAGCCCUUGCAGAAUGAGGGCUGAUCAUAGUGCAAGGACACUGCAGUUUUCUAAUUCUUUGUGUGCCUGAAAAGUUAGUUGGAAUAUUUUUUUCUAUAUCAGUAGGCAAAUGAUCAUAAGCUACGACUUGUG